GUCAGUUUCAAAUUUCACUUAAUUUCAAAAAAAUAACGACAAGUGUCGAAUUAGCCGCAAGAAUUUCUAAUUUAAAAAAUAAGAAAUUUUGAUUUAAAAAGCAAAUAAUUCUUUGCUGUAAGGUUUGGAAAUAUCUAAGGAGUAUAUAAGUGACACGUCAUGUCUAUCUACACUUUUGAAAAGACAUUUUUUCAACGUUUAGAUGAAAUUAAAUUGGUUCUCGAGGACAUUGAACCAUCAGUACAAGUGAAAGAAUUGUGGAAGCAAUUCUUAGAAACUUCCAUUGAACCUGCUGGCUAUAGUGCCAUAUGGAAGAUUUCAAAGGCAGCUUGUGAAAUUCAUAACAUAAAAUAUCCUUGUGAAGUUUAUGGAACUGUUAACGAAACAAAUUAUGAUUUGCUAACAGCAAUUUUCACAGUCGAGAGUGUCCAUGAUGAAAAAAUUCAUUUACCUAGUAUAUGCGAAGUUCCAUUGGAGGAUUUGUUUCCAACUGUCGAACAGGAGAAUUCUGCUCUUAACAUUGAUUUAACAGCAGAUUGCUUUGAUCGCUAUCGCUUUUUCUCAAACUUUAUUUACAUGCCAUGGGAUGAUAGCGAAACAGACUUUCAGUUGUCAGGGAAGAAUCUCAUUCCUCGCAUAAAGCUCUUCUUUGAUCUUAAAAAUAAAUCUAUCAAUAAAGGACUUGCAUCGCACAUUCGAAGUAUGAUUGCAGAAGCGAAAUACAUUCAAACAGUUCGUGAAGAUUUAGAAAACUCCUUCACAGAAUCUGAUGAUGAACUUGACAUCAGUAAAAGUGAAACGAAAAAUAAAGCAAGAAAACUUCUUGGACUUCAUCUUCGUUUAAAUCAAAUCCAACAUGAAAUGGAAAUUCUCGUUAAUCCAGACAUGCGUCAAAUUUAUCAAGAAGUAAAGUUUCCCUAUUACCAGUUGGAGAAAUCAGAGAAAAGUAAAAUCUUUGCUGUUGCCAAACGUGGAACAUUAAAAGAACAAUGUGAAAUAAUCGAAGAAAUGAAGAAGAGAAUUGACAGUGACACUGAAAUUCAUUGGCUUUCAUUACACGAUGCUAUUGCAAGUGCUCCACCAAACAGUAAAAUUUACAUUCCAAGUGGCACUCAUAAUUUGUCCUUCUUCGAUUACUUUAAUGGUGAUGUUUUGUUGUGUGGUUUAUCGCCACUUUCUCUGGAAACAUUUGAUGAUGACAAUAAAAAUUACACAAAACUUAGCGCCGCUGACAGUGCUUCAAUGCUGUUCGCAGUCGAUGGAGAUCUAGAAUUACAGAAUUUAGUCAUCGACUGUACCCUUGUCAAGACAGGAUUCUUAGUGAAGGACGGAAAGUUAACGAUUAAAAACUGUGUAAUUUAUGGAACGAAGGAAUCGAGCAUUACCGAAGGUUCUGUUAUUUCUGGGUCAUCAAAAGUUCUCAUUGAAAAUUGUUUGAUUAAAAACUUUGCAACUGGAAUCAUCAUCAAUGACACAGGAAAAGUUAAUUUACGCAAUUGCAUUAUAAAAGAUUGCAAUGUUGGCGUACAUUUGUUAACAGAUAAUUCGAUGGUUUCGAUUGAAAAGACGUCAAUUGUCAAUUGUAAUGAGCAUGGAAUCUUGAAACAUUCAACUUUAUUACAAGACACGACAAAUAAAGCGUUGAAUUUGAAUGAUAAAACCGAGAAUGGAACAUUCCAUAUUUAUUUAUUGGGAAAUGAAAAUAAGUUCGAUUGCAAUUUGGAAGCCAACAUUAUGGUGACAACUAAUUUUGCUCCAGAAACACCGUUUAUUUCUGAAAAAACUGAUAGCAGCAUGGAACAAGAAGAUGAAUAAAUAAUUAUUACUCAGCAUCAUGUAGAAUUAAAAAGAUCAUUCCAUUAAAAACAUCCAUUGAAGAUUUAAAAAUUUCUUCCAUGAAAAUUUCUUCAAACGAUUCAUGAUCAUCAUCAAAGAGUUCUUAACUUUUAGUAAAUAAUAAUUUUAAUACCGGUAUUUUCGCAAUAAAAUUUAUUAUUAAUCUUUAUUAAAAAUAAAAUAAAAAAGUUUUAUCUGCGUAAUUAAAAUUACGACAAAAGCUUUUGUUUUUUUU